AUGCCCAAGGGUAGCCGCAGAAGAGUGUAUAUUGGCCGUCUCGACAGGAGAACUCGUGCGAGGGACCUGGAAGAUGUUUUUAACCGUUAUGGUCGCAUUCGAGACGUGGAGUUAAAACGGGACUACGCUUUCAUUGUAUGUGCCGACGUUAGGAGUUUUAUGAGCCUCGAGAUGCGGAAGAUGCAAUCCGUGACAUGGAUGGGCGCAAACUGGAUGGAUCUCGCAUUAUCGUAGAAUGGGCUAGUUCAAGUAGAAGUGACCGCGGGUCAAUCAGCGACGACACUUGCUUCAAUUGUGGACAAACCGGACAUUGGUAAGAAUUACGCAGGGCAAAUAAUUGCAAGGAAGGAGACUGGAAAGAUAAAUGCUAUAGGUGUGGGGAAAAAGGUCAUAUGAAAAGAGACUGUGAAAGUUCUAGAUCAAGGUCAAGAUCUAACUCUUAUAACUUAUAAUUAUUUUUUUUUUUUUUUUUUUAAAAAAAAAAUUUAAUUAAUUACUAUUUGGAAGAAAAAAGGAUAAGGACAGGAAUGAAAGAAGAAGAAAUUCUUCAAGAGACCGCGAUUCUAACAGAUAUAGAAAUGGAACUAAAGACAAGGACAGAAAAAGAGAUAGAGACGACUCUGCUGAUAGAUCAAGGGAAGAAGCAAGAGACAGGUCAAGAGAAAACUCUGGGUCAGUAGAGAAAAACAGCAAAACUGAAGAAUCGCCUGUCAGAGAGGAAUAUGAAUCUUAG